CUAAUCGGGUUCGUAUAGAGUGCAUUCGUGGCUUGCGGGGCCGCUUUAUUUGUCAAUCUAUACAAGGCCAAGAUUUAGUGACUUAGUGCCCUACGAUGGGCCCGGGAUAAGCCUACUGCAUCAGAGGCUUUCGUUGAGAAUAUGACUCUUCAAUGUUGGCCUGGGAAAUGCCUGACAAGGCGGAUCCCUCACUUGCUUGGCCCUGAAUGCGGGUGAUUUAGUUUUGCUUUUUUUUGUUUUUAAUUUUUCCCAUCCCUUUUCGCUACAUUCUGCUUUCUCUGGGUUCGUUCUUCUUAUCUUUCUAUGCAACGCGGUCACCUGGGUACCCUCAAGCGAGACUCUACAUGCACUGGGUUGACCGACGUCUUUCUCUACCUGUUGACAGAAAUCCCGCCCCAAUCGCCAAGGCCACUACGCUCGCCUGGCCCCGAUGCUGCGGUGUCUCCCCACAAUUGGCCAAGGAUCUUCUAUCUGGCAAGGUGCAAGGUCCCACGUCAUUACGUUUCCAAACAAGUUCCCCUCUUACGGAAGGUUUCUCGCCUGUCCGAUUAUCUGCUUCAGAAAUUCAUUUUCACUGGGUUCUAAAAUUAACGCAAUGAGCCUCAUGGGUCGCUCCACCUUCAAGAAUGGACCUCUGAGUGAUGAGCCGCCUUCAAGCUCUUUCCGGAAGAACCUGAUAUCUGAUACGUCGAGCGGAUGGAGAAUAUGUCUGAGCGGUGUCAGGAAAAGACGACUAGCGGUCAGCACCAUUCCCAACGCGCCCGAUAUCAGCGUCAGGCAUGCCAUGUGCUGGCGGACGGUAAAUAGUGCGGGUGAAAAUGACUCUACUUUUCAGGCUUGCAGUAAUGCGAGCAUUCUGGUGCACAGUGUGCGCCACGGUAGUCGGCUUCUGAAUCGUCCAAGACAUGAAUCAUGACAUAUAUCAUUCUUGGAAGCAAAACUGGCUGUG